CAGGCUGUAGAAGAGCCCCGGAGAGCCCACGUGGUUUGCAGCUUAGGCAGCGCAGCUGUUGAAACGCGAAAAGACUGAAAAAUAAAUAUUAAACCAAACCGGCCGCCGCGGUCAUGAGCUCCCAGAUCACCUGUGUCGGGUGGGUGAAGAGAGGAGCUUCCAAAGAAACGCCGGAUAAAGUGGAGCUGAGCAAAGAAGAGCUGCAGCGCAUCAUAGCCGAGGCGAAGGAUGAAUUACGGGAAAGUGAUGAGGAUGAGGAGAGCAUGGCGAACGAGCCGGACGAGACGACUGAAGCUCCUGCAGAAGUGAAAGGUGAUGAUGAUGCAAAGCAAGAGGAAGAAGAUGAACUUGCUGAGUAUGACCUGGACAAGUAUGAUGAGCAGGACAUAGCGACGGCCAACCUCGGAGACAGUUUGGCGGGUUUGACGGUGUUCGGCACUAAUGAAGAAGAUCCUUAUGUCACCAUUAAAGACACAGAACAGUAUGAAAGAGAGGAUUUCCAGAUUAAACCUACAGACAACCUCAUUCUGGCAGGCAGGGCAGAGAAGGACUGCUGCAACCUGGAGGUUUACGUGUAUAACCCUGAAGAGGACUCUCUGUACGUCCACCACGACAUCCUCCUCCCUGCUUACCCCCUGAGCAUAGAGUGGCUGAACUUUGACCCCAGCCCCGAAGAAGGAGCAGGGAACUAUGCAGCCAUAGGGAACAUGACUCCUGUUAUUGACGUGUGGGACCUGGAUGUGGUGGACUGCCUCGAGCCUGUGUUUUCACUGGGCAGCAAGAAAGCCAAGAAGACCAAGAAAAGCAAGAAGGCUGCUGAGCGUGUCGAGGGGCACACUGAUGCUGUGUUGGAUCUGUCAUGGAAUAAGUUGGUCAGGAAUGUGUUGGGCAGUGCUUCAGCUGAUGAAACUGUGAUUCUCUGGGAUUUAGUGCAAGGCAAACCAGCAACGACAUUAAGACUGCACACAGAUAAGGUUCAAACUCUGAAGUUUCACCCGUUUGAGGCCCAGACACUCGUCACUGGAUCCUAUGAUAAGUCCGCUAUCCUGUACGACUGCCGGAGUCCAGAAUCCAGCCAUCGUAUCUGGCGGUUCAGCGGUCAGGUGGAGCGUCUGGUGUGGAAUCACUUCUCUCCCUGCAACUUCCUCGCAAGUACAGAGGAUGGCUUCGUUUACUGUCUGGACGCCCGGUCAGACAAGCUGGUGUUUACGCUGAGAGCACACGACGGAGAAGUGUCAGGUUUGGACCUGAGCAGUCAGGUCAGCGGCUGUCUGGUCACGUCCUCGGCUGACAAACACGUGAAGAUCUGGGACAUCCUGGGCAACAAGCCCAGCCUAAUUCACUCCAGAGAUAUGAAAAUGGGCGUGAUGUUCUGUGCGGCCUGCUGCCCCGACUUGCCGUUCGUGUAUGCAUUUGGAGGACAGAAGGAUGGACUGCGUGUGUGGGACAUUAGUGAUGUAGCUGCUGUUUCAGAGGUUUUCGGCAGUAGAGAGCGUUUGGUGGCCAACACGGUGUCGGGGACUUCCAGCAGUACAGCAGCCAUGGAGGUUUCAUAACAACUGCUUACAAUUCCCUAAUUCAUUUGUGCAUUUGACUCAAAUACAUCCAGUGGAACAGACAGACUCUUGUCAUCAAAGACGUAUUCCAGGUCCCACUUCAGACGCUGUCAGGAGUUUCUCCUUGAGUGUUUGUGGAAUGAGAAAGGACCAAUAAGGAACAAACAUCUGUGUUGCUGAAGUCUGAGAAGGCCUUAAUUGAUGGGGUGUAUUUUGUGAGCAAUCCAGCUGUUAUACCGUGCUCAGACUGCUGGAUAGUCACACCUUACUUUACUGAGCAGUUGACCUUUUUAUGCACUUUUGGUAAAAAGUUUGAGCUUCUCCAGUUCAGUUCUUUAUGGUUGUCUAUCUACAUAAACUUGACUAUAACUAUAACUUGAUUACAAUUAAUAUAUUGUCACUGUCCAAUGAAAAAUAAGUAUCUCCGAAAUAGUAACUUUACAGAAGAGGGGAAAAACCCUCUUUACUUUCAAUGUAAGUUAAUAGAAAAGGUUUUUAUUCUAAGCAAUUUUGGACCAUUUCUAUUGGCUCAAUCAUGAAAUUUUCACAGCUGCUGAGUCAAAUGAUGCAGAAAAGUAAAAAUCACAAAAAAUGGAGAUACAUGUUUUUAAUUGGACAGUGACGAUAUGCUUUUACAUAAGCAGAUGAUCUUAAGGGAGUUUUUUAAUGAAAAUGGGAAUCAUAGAGUUCAGUUAAAUGAAUAAUGGCCAAAGCAAAGCAAAGUAAAUUUGGUUUGAAGUCAACCCAAACCAGUCAAAAGUUUUAUCAUUUUAUUGCUUUGCUUUCUGAUUGCUAGUAAAGGUGAGCCUAAUUCAAGCUA